AUGUACUGGCGUCGGAACAGUAAUAAGAGAUCCCCUGCGCACAUGGAUGGGGACGAGCUGCAGCCUGCAGCCACCUCCUUCGGGUCGUUGCGGGAGGUCAUAAUGAAAAUUACAACGUCCCUCACAAAUCCGGGCUGGAAAGUCGGGACAUCCGACAAGCACAUGCAUGCAGGCAUUGCCAUCUCUGGUAUCACAGCUGAAGUCCUCGCUCAAACCAGCAGCGGUAGAAGUGAGCUGAUAGAGAGCGGACUAGGUGUUGUCACCACGCUGGUAGAUCCUGGAGCUACGAUGGUUUACGAUGGAGCUACGUCUGAGCUGCAAGGGUGGAGAACGUGUUGUAUGGGGAAGUUCAAUCGGAAUGGCGUACCACGCUUGGGACAGCGGCUCUAUGAAUGCGAAAUGCCGAGUCGAGCGAACAACGUCUGGGACUCUGGGACUCGCAGCGGGACCGAUUUCCAAACUCAGUCAACUUCAGGGUCGCUUCAGUCGCCUCCUGGAACUCCGUGGGAGAGUCACUUCGCGUAUCUUGCAUGGACGGAGUUUCGGAGGGACGGCCGGAUAUGGGCAUUAUGGGGAAGGAAAGCACCUUCUGAGGAAACGUCCCUCUGGGAUCACUCCGGGAUGUAA